GUCAUCCUCCCCUAAAAUGACGCAGCAGAUGCGGGACCUGCAGCUGGCACAGGCCAGGAAGCCACCGGGCCCUUCCUCACCAAAUGCAGCCAAGAGGCUCUACCGAAACCUGUCAGGGAAAUUCCGCGUCAACUACACAUCCUUCGACGAGGGCAGCCUGGCAGGACGGGGCGAGAAGGAGAAGCUCCGCAAGUCUUACCUGUUCCAGAGCAAUGCUGCCCUCUUCGAGGCUGUGGAGCUGCAGGACCUAGACAGGGUCCAGGAGCUGCUGAAGCAGUACAGCCCCGAGGAGCUUGACCUCAACACCCCCAACAGCGAGGGGCUACUGCCCCUGGACAUCGCCAUCAUGACCAACAACGCUCCCAUCGCCAGGGCCCUGCUGCAGGCAGGAGCAAAGGAGAGCCCGCACUUCGUGAGCCUGGAGAGCCGCUCACUGCACCUCUCCACGCUGGUGCGGGAAGCAGAGCAGCGCGUCAACGAGCUGACGGCGCAGGUGGUGAACGAGGCACCCAACGCCGACUGCUCUGAGAAGGAGAAGCAGCUCAAGGCCUGGGAGUGGCGAUACCGGCUUUACAAACGCAUGAAGGCAGGGUUUGAGCAUGCCCGUGUGCCAGAUGCCCCCACCAACGUCCACCUCUCCGUGGCCAGCAGCUCCUCGGUGCAGGUGACCUUCUGGGAGCCCCUGAGCGUCAACUCAGCUGUUGUCACCAAGUACAAAGUGGAGUGGAGCUGCUCCCCGACCUUCUCGCCACCGCUGGGGGAGGCUGUGAUCGACAAGUUGAAGAACCUGCACUUCACUAUCGGGGGGCUGGUGUCGGAUCUGCGCUGUCGGAUAUCUGAAGCUCUGGACCAUCUGCUGGGCCAGGUGAAGACCGUCCACCAGCACUGCAUUUGCCAUGAGCCCUGCAAGAACCAGCCCCAGAGCAGGAAGCACUCUGUCUCCAAGAGCCUAAAGCACCUCUUCCACCCCGGCAGCAAGUUUCUCAAGACCCUGAAGCGGGGCCUCUAUCUGACAGCCAUCUUCUACAAGGAUGACAACAUCCUGGUGACCCAUGAAGACCAGAUCCCCGUGGUGGAGAUUGAUGACACCUACUCCUGCCUGCUUAUGCAGGAUUUUCUCUGGUUCACCAAGGUGUCAUGCAUGUGGGAAGAGAUCCUGUGGUUGCGGCAGUGUGUCACCGUCUCCCAGUCAUCCUGCUCCUGCAUCCUGCAGACGCGCUUUAAGAUGCUGCUGGCCAUCUCACAAAUGCAGGGGCUGCUGGGCAUCCAGGACCUGGGGCAGGUCUUCUUCGAGCCCGUCAAAGACAAACAGGGCAACAUCCUCAUUGUCACCCUGAAGGAGGUGAAGACCAACCAGACCUUUGAGAGCGUCCGCUGGGUUCCCAUCUGCAAGCUGCAGACCAGCCGCAAGUCUGUGUCCUCCCCGGAGGAGCCCACCGCUCUGGACAUGCUGCUGAUCUCCGUCCAGGACAAGCUGGCUUACCACCAGCGGAGCAGCCAUGCCCUCUCCCCGGGCCUCUACCUGGGCUACUUGAAGCUCUGCAGCGCCGUGGAUCAGAUCCGAGUGCUGGUGCCAGAGCGGCUCCCCAACAUCCUGUGCCAUGUCAAGAUCCGCUCCAACCCCAACAUCUCCAGGGAGGAGUGGGAAUGGCUGCAGAAGAUGGUCAGUGUGGAUGAACCUGUUCCUGCAGAACCAGAGGCUGAGACCUCCCAGAACCACUUGUUUCAGGAGCUCCAAGUGGCCAUCAAGGAGCUGAUGACCCUGGUCAACAUCCCAUUGCAAGAGGCCAAAGAUUUCCGUCUGUACAGCCAAGAGGUGCUGGAUUUUGGGGGCCAGGUCUCUUUCCUGCUGCUGCUGCCUCCAUCAGAUGACGUCUGCACUGCUCCCGGUCAGAACAACCCCUAUACCCCUCGCUCCGGCUUCCUCACCCUGCCGCUGCAGAUCUUUGAGCUAGUCCACUUCUUCACGUACGACCGGGAGUUCAUCACCCAAUACUGCCAGGUAUCUGCGCUCCUGGAGCUGGAGUCCCUCCUCUCUCAGCAGAGCCUCAGGGAGGCCUUCUCCGACGCUGAGCUUGCAACUGCAAAGCAGAGGCACCAGCAGGUUCAGGACUACAUCCAGCAAAUGGAGGAAAUCUGGCGUGAGAUGCGCUGGAUUAUCGAUGCCCUGCAACAUGCCCGGUACAAGCAGCCCUCCUGCGGGGUGUCUCUUAGCGGCUUCCUCAGUGAGGCCGGAGGUGCAAUGAAGGAGAAAACCCAAUCCACCUCAUCCCACCUCGACUACCUUCCCUCCCCGGCACCCUCACCGGAGACCAGCCGUAAGCUCAACUCCGAUUCACACGGGCUGUCGGAUGAGGAGGGCUCCUCGGAGGUGUUCCUGGCCACCGACAGCGACUACGACUCCAGCAGGGCACAGAGCCCGAAGGAGCUUGACCUGGUGUACUCCUCCUCGGGGCCUGAGUGCUGCAGCAGGAGAGUCGCCCGCACCCUCCGGGACAGUGCCCCGGACCACCCCGGGGGCUUGGCCGACCGAGGGAAGAAGCCGGGCUCUGUCACCUUGCGGGUCUGCCCUCAAUACGAAACCGGACUCUCCAAAGAGACCAGUGUCAAGCUGCACAUCACCAGCCAGACAUCCGCCGGGGAGGUGGUGAAGCUGGUGGUGCUCGAGAUGAAUGACGUCUCCCGCGGCGUGCUGGGUGGCUCGGCCGCCUUCUGCUACGGUGAGGAGCAGCUGGAGCACUUCGGACUGGUGUUCGCCUCCGAUGAGAGCGAACGGUGGCUUCCCGAUGACUUCUUGCCUCUGUCCCUCCAAACUAGCCGGCCCGAGGGGCGGUUCUACGUCCGGAUCAAGGAGACGUCCCCUCUGGUGCUCCAGUACGGGCCAGCGACCACCGUAUGAGAGGAGGAGAGCCGGCCGGGCGGCGCGGGGACCUCAGCUUCCAGAGAGCAGACAGCUCGUCUCUGAUGCUUCCUUCUUCCACAGACACCCUCUCAUCAGGCAUCCACGGGGUGGAAUGGGAUCAUACUGGGCUGUGUGUUAUUUGUUUGUGUUCUUUUUUUUUUUUUUCUUUUUUUUUUUUUAACCAAAGAGACAUCGAGACUCAGUUUUUCUGACUGCAGAAGAGGAGGGUGGAGUGCGGAGACCUCAGAGCUUGGGAGGAAUCUCUGCAGGAAUGGAAUUUUUGAAAGUAAACAUUUUUAAAGGGGAAGGGGGGGAGACAGAGAGGAAAAAUAUUACAAGAAGCAGCAAUACCUUUUUUUUUUUUUCUCCUUUUUCUGAAAAGCCUUGUUUGGGAUUCACUGAAGGCAAAGCGACAGAGGAUUGCUAGGGAGGGUUGUGGUGUCAGUGAGGAGAGAGCGCAAGUCACAAGGACAGCACUGAGAAGGGUGUUUUCCUGUCUGCC